UUUUUUUUCCUUCUCACAGGGUUUUUUUGAUAUCCCUGUGGAUAAUUUAUAUGCUGAACCUGCAGUACUGAAGUGGAUCAAGGAGAACAUUGCUGAGUGGAAGAACUGCACCAUUGUUUCACCAGAUGCAGGCGGAGCCAAGAGUGUAUGUACACUUUGCAAAUCUCUCUCUACAGAGUAACCUCCAUUGCAGAUCGGCUGAAUGUAGACUUUGCCCUCAUUCAUAAGGAGCGAAAGAAGGCCAACGAGGUAGAUCGUAUGGUGCUGGUGGGCGAUGUGAAGGACAGAGUGGCCAUUCUGGUAGAUGAUAUGGCAGACACCUGUGGCACCAUCUGCCAUGCAGCAGACAAGCUUUUAUCAGCUGGAGCCACCAAAGUGUAUGCCAUUCUAACUCAUGGGAUCUUUUCUGGGCCAGCCAUCUCCCGGAUCAACAAUGCCUGCUUUGAGGCAGUUGUAGUCACAAACACAAUACCCCAGGAGGACAAGAUGAAGCACUGCCCUAAAAUCCAGGUGAUUGACAUCUCAAUGAUCCUUGCAGAGGCCAUCAGGAGGACUCAUAAUGGGGAAUCUGUCUCCUACCUAUUCAGCCAUGUCCCUUUAUAACGACAUGCUGGCUGCUGCUUGUGUGGCUUUUUUUUAAACCAAAAGUUGUUCAGCUUAUUAUAAAGUUCAGUAGAAGACUCUGCUUGUUCCAGUGUGGUUCUCCACAGCUCCUCCUCUGCACACAUCAGUCUUAUUGUGUCUGAUCCCAGCUCUGGGAGAGGCACAUCUAAAAUGCUCCAACUUCCACCAGCAGCCUCCAAAGUGUGGACUUUUCAGUUUAGGUUUCCAGCAGUAGUGAGAGUCAGCAUUGCAGAUCUGUGGAGAGUAGGACUACCAUGGCCAAUUGCCACAAUUUUCUUGGAGUGGGAGGUUUUGUGUUUGUGGGGAGGCUGGGUAUCUGGCAUGCAUACCUGUUUGGUUUGGGUUUGGUUGGUUGGUUGGGGGUGGGUGGUAUGGGAAGUAGAGCUCCCAAGAACAGGCUGAUCUGGAACUUACAGCAAGAGUCCAAGGGACUGCUGAACGUGUGCUACUUAUUCUAUACCUGAUAGAUGUCCUUAGAGAAGUGGGAUAAGGAAGUCUUAUACAUUGACCACAAGAGCUGAGGCACUGGAUCAGCACCAUGGAAGGGUAGGACAAUCAUCAGCUUCCUCUCCUGGAGGGAGACCACACACCUGUGCCCUUGUAGUGGAGAAGAAACAUGAUGUCCUUUUAGGGUGUUUGAACAGCAAAAUUAUCAUGAGCUAUAGCAUACUCUAGCAUACCUGUGCUGUCUUUAUCUAGCUAAUAUGGCUAAUGAGAUCAGUGGAGGUAUGGCAGCACAGUUCUUCACCUAUUUGUAACCAGCAUGUACUCCAUAGUACAUGUUCCUGCUAGCACCUGACCCAAUCUGGGCUGCCAUGACUGCGAUUGUUCCCAUGUUGCUUGAAGCUAGCAAGGGUGCACUAGCAUGUGCAACAGUCACAACUCCAUUUUGCUGUAUAGACAGGUCCCACUUCUCUUCUCUGCUGGUACCCUAGUAAGGCUAGCCUUUCUGACCUUUUACUGACCUGCUUUUUCCUUGCAGCAUGUGCCUGCUGAAUAGAUUGACAUGGGCUGACCUUAUUACUUCCUUGUAAACUUUGUUUUCAGGCAUCUUAAUCUCUGAAGGUUAAGUGUAGUAUUCCAUUGUACCACUAAGUUAUUGACUGUAUUUUGACUGCUUGUGUUUUGUUGUUUUGUUUUAUUUUGUUUUGUUUUGUUUUUUUGCGCGGGGGGGGGUCAUUAUUUGCCUCUUUAAUAUUUUUCCAUGGCUGAUACCAGAAUCUUCCAUCUCUGCAAGGAACCUUGGGAAUGAUGGUUAAUGGGGAGGUUGUGAAAUUUCAGAGAGAGCCAAAGGAUGGAUCUGAGUCAGCUGUUCAUGUGAAGUGCUUGAUAGUAAUAGGUCAGGGGUGGCUUGUUCCAUCUGUGGUUUUAUUUAUUGAAGCUUUCCCAAUACCACAUCUAACCCCACUCAGAGGUAGCAACAGGCCUCAAGAAAGAAAUGAAGGAAGCUGUCAGACCCAGAGCUGGUUACGGCUCCUGUCUGUAGAGCUGGUAUUAUCCACAACUUAAAUGCAUAAUAGUUAUACCAGACAAUUCUAAGAGAAAUGUUUAAAUCAGUCUUUCCUGGACUCUUACUGGGUAGCAGGCCAAGCUGUUUUUUGUAUGCAUUUUGGUUUUAUAAACAAUCUCAACCUACUUUGGAGUUGCGGAAAGGAAGGAGGAGGCUUUUGAAGUUGCUUGUCUCUCCAGCCAAGGUGGUAUGAGAGAUUGGAGGGUGGUAGAUAAUUGAGCUACCUGAACAAUCUGGGUGUCUGGAUUUGGGGUAGUCCUCCUAGGCAUUAGUUAUUGUGCCUUUUUAAUUAAGACUUCCCCCUCUCCCUUCCUAGAACUUUUGUCCUGUGGCUACAUAACACUUCUAUCCCAUCAUAGGUUUUGUUUUGUAUCCAAAGUCUAUGUUUGUCUGGAAAGUGUAUGUUUGCUUCUUUGCUUGCAUCCUGCACUGAGCUCCACUGAGGGUCCUUUCAGGAUUCCUGCCUCCUACUUCGGAGCCCUGCUUCUGCCCUGCCCAAUGCAUCAUGAGCAGAAGCCAAGAGCAAGGACAUCAGGGCAGCGGUGUGAGGAUUUUCUGCAGCAUUUGUGUUAAACUAAGACCUCAAUGAAGGAA